CUACUAUCACGCUUGAGAGGGGGAGAGAAGACCUAUAGGCGCAGGUUUACGCUGUGUGACGCGCGCUUUUGGAGAGGGAGCGCGCACUUGUAUUCAUCUGUGCAGCGAGGUGAGAGUCAUUGGCGUGAGUGAAGAGGGACUCAAGUUAUCAGAGCACAUUUCUGAGCGGACGGACACGAACAAAUCAUGAGGAUGCUGAUCCUGGAGCAGCAGCUUCCUCUCUUCAGCGCAAACCCGGGAUGCUCGUGUAACUUUUAAUGUGUUGAAGUUUCGUGGUUUCUGUCUUAUUUCUGUUCGCUUUUAAGUGCCUGCCAUGGCUGCUCCAUCAGUGCACAGUGCACUCUUUCUGUGCGCCUUCCUCCAGCUGUUCCCCCUGCCCGGAGGACAGGUGCCGAGCUGCCAGGAGGUGCGCACCGUGUUCCAGUCUCUGCAUCCGAGCUCCAAAUGGGUCCCAGAAACGCCGGUGUCCGGUGCCGAUCUGCAGGUCUGCCAAACCAAAGGCCCGACAUGCUGUUCCAAGAAAAUGGAGGAGCGGUAUCAGGUAGCCGCACGCAGCAACAUGGAGUCUGGUCUGCAGGUUGUCAGCGCUCAACUCAAGCGUAUCAUCAUCCAAAACGCUGCCAUAUUUCAAG